AUGUCGGAUCCGUUCUCGAUCGCAAGCGGCUCAGCCGGGCUUGUGUCCCUCGGACUCACAUUGUGCAAGGGCUUAGCCGAAUACGUCUCGGCUGUCAAAAGUCAUGGUGAAGAUGUUAGAAACCUCGAAACGAAGCUGAAAAACCUUCAGAUGUUUCUUGCGGCUGUCAAUGCAACCCUGAAAGAGCUGCCUCAUCUGCAAGGAUGUCAGCUGCCUGGAGAUGUCGUCAAGGUAGUGGAGGCUUCACUAGACCAAUCCAAGAAUGGGAUGGUGAGACUGGCGGGAUUCUUGGAAGAAUGCUCAGGAAGAAUUCAGUCAACAGGUUCUUUACCUGCAUGCCCAUCAAACCUCCAUAAGAUGGGAAAGAAAGCUGUAUACUAUUUCCGCAGGGGAACCUUGAAAGAGCUUGAGCAAAUGCUCGGAUCUGUCCAAGACCAGCUCAACCUCUCUCUGACUCUACUAAACGUGCGUUUCUUGACCUCUCAAUCUCAAGAUUAUCGCCAAAUCACCGAGUACAUGUCAUUAUCGACUACAAGACUCCUCAGCCUCCAAUCCUCUGUCGCUGGCCUCGAGAACAACCUUUCAAAUACUUCUGAGACCGUCACCACUCUAUCUGAGGAACUCGCCAUGGCUCAAGACAGCUUGCAACUUACUACUACGCAAUUUCAUGAGUUAGCAACAUCAUUGCAGCGUCUCCUCCAGAGGGUCAUCUCCCUUCUUGCGCUUAUUGCAAUCCCUCUCCUGAACAUGACCUUGACCGUCUUGAGACGUGCCUACCGAGAUGUACCACGGAGCAUUCUUUCGCUUCCUACAGACAACAUCCUCUUUGAGGAUAUGCUGGGUCGGUCAUUCAGUCUUCAAUUCAGCUUAGUCUGUGAAUGGAAAAUUUUCGAGGCCUUCCUCACAACCCGUUUUGAAGAUAUCCCAGGCGAGUCUUUUGUCAACUCCGGUCAAUAUCAUCUGCUUGAUGGACUACAGAGCACAGUGCUCCCGAGGUCGCGACGAGGGUGGGCCAAUUCCAUCUUCCCCGGCUCCAAGGUAGUCAUGUCUCUACGAGCUGAGAACCACUUCCCGGAGCACUGCCCAAGAUGCGGUGCUGCGCUAAACAACGGACCAGGGAGCCGUGUGGUAAAAUGCACCACUAUUGGAUGCUGGACCGCUUUCCAAGAGACCAGAGACGCGAUUGAAGAUUUUCCAGAGAAUGGCCCCGAGCUGGAGGCUCUGGCCUGUUUCUCCAAUCAAGUCACUAAGACUCAAGAGAUGGACUUGAAACCAUUCACACGGAUUCAUUUUCAUAGCCUGUACUUUGUAAGGCGAAUCGUAAAAGUGGUAAAGAACACGACCACGAUCAUUCCAUUCAACCUCCGAGCCAAGGGCCUUGCUCUGUACCUCGUCGUGCAAAACAUGGCCAACGCCUUCAACCAGUUUUUCAACCCCAUUGUCCUGCAGGCCAUCACUUGGAAGUACUAUGCAGUGUACAUUGCCAUCGGCAUUGCCUACGCCAUCGACAUCUAUCUGUGGUUCCCUAAGAUGAAGCAGCUUACCAUUGAGGAGAUCUCCCUUGUCUUUGACUUUCCUGGAAGGGACGGUCGCAAGAUGGCGGCGGCUGCCCUUGCGAAUCGAAUACGUGCGGGGGGGAACACUGAUAGGGAGUCUAACAGUGUGAAGGUGGACAUGAACCAUGUUAAGACCAAGUAG